AUGCAGAAACUGAGGAUGGAUUCAGUGACCUUUGAAGAUGUGGCCAUAGACUUCACCUUGGAAGAAUGGGCUUUGUUAAAUCUUUCCCAAAGGAGGCUCUAUACAGACGUGAUUUUGGAAACAUACAGCAACUUGGCCUUUCUAGGAAUAAGAAGAGAAAAUAAGAAAAAAGACUGCAAAACUCCUAAGAGACACGUAAGAAAUGCAAUGGUAGAGAGAGUCAGUGAAGAGACAGAAGUUACUUUUCAUGUAGAAUCUAUACAACAGGUUUGGGACAAUAGUGUAAAGAAGAAGACUCUUACUGGAAUAACACUAAGUAUGAACCAUGCAUUUGAGGAAAUCAUGCUGAGACAUUCACCCAUAAAUGUACCCCUUGAUGUUCACAGUAGAAACAAAAAUUUUGAAUAUCAGGAAUAUUUAGGUAGGAAUUCUAACUCUAAGGAAUGUGGAAAUCCUCUCGGGAGGUCGAGGAACCUAAAAAUCCACAGAAAUCACAUCCAAAAGAAACCCACUGAAUUUAAGCAAUGUGGGGAAACCUUCAUUUCUUCCAGUGUUUGUCGAAUACGUGAAACAACUCAUACAGAAGAGAAACGCUAUGGAUGUAAGCAAUGUGGGAAAUCAUUCACUCGUUCUGGUCACCUUCGAAGCCAUGAAAACACACAUACUGGAGAGAAACUGUAUGGAUGUAAGCAAUGUGGAAAAGCAUUCAUUGCUUUGAGUAACCUUCGAAGGCAUGAAAGAACUCAUACUGGAGAGAAGCCGUAUAGAUGUAAACAAUGUGGUAAAGCAUUUAGUCAGUCAAGUGCCCUUCGAAGCCAUGAAAGAAUUCACACUGGAGAAAAGCCUUAUGGAUGUAAGCAAUGUGGGAAAUUUUUCACCCGUUCCAGUCACCUUCGAAGCCAUGAAAAGACUCACACUGGAGAGAAACCCUAUGGGUGUAAGCAAUGUGAAAAAGCAUUCACUGCCUUUAGUAACCUUCAAGUCCAUGAGAGAACUCACAGUGGAGAGAAACCCUAUAGAUGUAAGCAGUGUGGGAAAGCAUCUACUACUUUGAGUAACCUUCGAAACCAUGAAAGGACUCAUACUGGAGAGAAACCCUAUAUAUGUAAACAAUGUGGGAAAGCAUUUACUCAGCACAUUGUCCUUAGAAACCAUGAAAGAGUUCACACUGGAGAGAAACCCUAUGGAUGUAAGCAAUGUGGGAAAUUAUUUACUCAUUCCAGUUACCUUCAAAGUCAUAAAAGGACUCAUACUGGAGAGAAACCCUAUGGAUGUAAGCAAUGUGGGAAAGCAUUUACUCAAGCCAGUGCCCUUCGAAACCAUGAAAGGACUCACACUGGAGAGAAACCCUAUGGAUGUAAGCAAUGUGGGAAAGUAUUUACUCAGUCUAGUUCCCUUCGAAACCAUGAAAGAAUUCACACUGGCGUGAAACCCUAUGGAUGUAAGCAAUGUGGGAAAUUAUUCACCUGUUUUCAUCAUCUUUGAAGACAUGAAAACACUCAUACUGAAGAGAAACCCUAUGGAUGUAAGGACUGGGAGAAAGUUUUCAGUGCUGUUAGAAACUUUUGGAACCAUAAAAGAAUUCAAAGUGGAAAGAAACCCUAUAGAUGUCAGUGA